AUGGGGAUACGGCUGUGUAAGCCUGACGGGGCUCAGAACAACUCGAAGCGAAUCGACCUCGAACUCAGACAAGCUGGAGAAGAGCUCCAGAAAAAAGUCAAAAUACUCGUGCUCGGUAUAUUUUUUGAAAUUUUCAAUUUGCGAGACAAGUUAUUGAUUUAGGAGCUUCUGAUGCUGGUAAAAGCACAAUCGUGAAACAAUUGAGGUUGUUUGCAAUUGGAAAACAGAAUUUUAUUCCUAUUCAUUCUCAGAAUCCUCUACCAAGACGGCUUCAAUGAUACGGAGAUGAUCAAUGCGAUCUUUCAAAUCAGACUUAACAUUGUGGAAGCUUUCAAGGCUAUAUCCAUCAUUCUGCUUUCGACUAACGCGGAAAUACCUGAUGGGGAGAGAGUAAGACCAGAUAUAAGUUCAAAAAACAGUAUUUUUCAACAGGCUGUGAUUGAGCUUUUUGCGUACAGCUCUGCGAAAAUCGAGCUCAUGCCGGAAACUGAAGAGCUUAACGUUCUCAACACUGUCCGGUUUGAGAAAACUUUUAAAUGAAAAGUUAAAUCUUUGCUAGGUUCUACUCUUGCAUGAAGGAAUUCUUCCGCGUUUACAAAACCCAUCCUGGAGUUCCAGACAAUAUCCACUAGUUAGUUUCUGUAAAUCUUCCCCGACAGAGUUCAAAUAAACCAUUUCAGCUUCUUUCCCGAACUACCAAGGAUUCUUCUUCCCAAUUACAUGCCCACUAACCUAGACGUCAUCAACAUGAGAGUCGCAUCUCUGGGAGUUCAUGAGAUUUCGUUCGAUUACAAAAAGUACACGAUUAGGUGAGAAAAUCGUGUAUUAUAGGUAUGCAGUGAAUGCUUCAGACUGAUCGACGUGGGUGGCCAGAAAACCGAACGCAGGAAGUGGAUUCACUUCUUUGAAGGCGUCACGGCCGUCAUGUUCGUCGUUUCUCUGGCGUGCUUUGAUCAGUACUUCGAAGAAGAGAUAAAACCUCCUACAGGGGUUGGUUUCCCGCUCAGAUUGUGGAAUCUAUAGUGUCACGUAAGGAAGACCCAGGCUUACUGUAGGCGUUUUCAGAGGGAAACAUUUCCCAGAUAAAUGUCAUGCCCUUUCUCAGUACAUAAGAACUGUUGGUUUGGCGUUUGAUGGUUGCCCUGGCUUUUUUGGUUGAUCAGAAAGUAUUCCACUAGUCUUUUUUUUAUAUCCCUAGGCAACCGACUUAAUCUUUUAAUUAUGAGUUUCGCUUCAGUGAGUUUUUACGAAAAUUGUUAUUUAACCUUUAUGGAAUAGCGUUCAUAACAACUUUUUGCGUCAAAAACCAGACAGGGAAUGGAAAAUAUCUUUAAUUUUCUUCCUAUUUCACGCUCGAAAAGAGACGGUCGGAUAGUGACUCAUAUGGAUGUCUAUCGAGAUAUUUAUGGCUGCAAAGCGAGCGCAUAAAAAUGAGUAAUGGAAAGUUUUCCACCUUUUUUUUAAGCAUGAGGAAUAAACCACGAAAAUCUUGGACCAGCUUAUUAGAAAUAAAGCACGAAUGAACACAUUUUGAUGACUUCUGAGAAUUGACACAGAAAUCAAAGAAUAAAGAAUAACUUGGUCACUCCUAUCAACCAUACCUUCGAUUUUUCAAGGUUCACCUGUUUCAAAAGAUCUUUUUAGUGGGAUGUUGGAAUGCCGCCGAAAAAGAGCUCUGCGAUGCUUGUGCGGGAGGCUUCGAGGAGCACCGAACACAGAAACUCUCUGCCGGUUCCUAUCGACAAUCCCCACAAAUUCAGCCGUGCCGAAACUCUCCAAAUGAUGCAAAACAGAAUGGAUGAAAGCCUCGAGCUUUUCGUCUCCAUCCAACGCAACAACUUCCUUCAUAAAUCCGCUUUUUUGCUCUUUCUCAACAAGUGCGACGUGUUCCGCGAGAAGCUGAAGAACGUACGGCUUGCGGAUCAUUUCCGGUCCUACGCGGGUUGGUUCUCGAGUUAGUAAGACUAUAAUUGGAGUUUUAGUUAGAGAUCUUCUACAAGCUUGAGAAGAAGCUUGAAAACACAUUUUAUAGCAUUUUGUCAUGAGUUUUGGACUACAAAAGCUAUCUGAAAAUAAGUUUUAAAUACGACAGUGUAUUGAAAAACAGUUUCGUCUUUUGGCUUUUAAUUUUUCAAAGAUGAUACACUGCCAAAGCCAGAAGUGCGGAAAAUGGGGGAAAAAGGGUUCCGCUUUGGGACCCUUUUUGAACCUGAAAAUUUUUUUGUUUCUUAAAGGGGUCCAAAAAGGGUCGAUGAAGGCCGAUGAAAAAACAAGAAAAGACAGUAAAAAUUGCCACCCGGCAGAGAAAAAAAAAAUCUUUGGAACCCAUAACUAACCCUAAAAGGGCCCUAAAAAUUCCUCCCGACUUUGCCUAGACGUAAACACUUGUUUCUCAUUAGUUAAGCAUAGCAGCUUGAAGAAAAAGAACUUUGAAAAUUUUUUCAGGUAACAACGACUACGAAUCUGCCUCUGAAUACAUCGAAAGCAUGUUCCGAAAGGUAAACCGCCAAUUUUUUGUUUAAAAAACGGUUUUUUUUUAGGAGUACUCUAACCCAAUGCUUCUCUACACUCAUUUCACAGUGGCCAUCGAAAAGAACAACGUCGAGUAUGUCUUCACGACGGCUUGUGACAUCGUCCUGCAGGGCAACCUCAAUAAUACUCAGCUAACUUGA